AUGUUAUUUUAAUAAAUGAUAUAAAAAAGCUCUAAAUUAGGUCUUUCGUAAUGACAUAAGGCUGUUUCGGUCUCUCGUAAUGGCGUCGAAAGUUCGCCGUAAGCUUGAACGCGCCGGUAGGGGGUGUGAAGCGCGGGGUGCGGAGUGCGGGCCGCAUGCGUACGGACGGCCGGGGCAGCAUUCCAGUAGUUCGCCCCGACGCCGCGCGGCGCUACGUUGCCUCGGUCCGCGACGCACGCUCCUAUACAAAGAACGCCUCACCAUUGUAAAAAAUCUGUGAUGUAUUGAUUAAUUCCAACGUUUUCCAAACACAAAAUACGCCGCCGGACAAAGCUGUACGCGUUUCGAACUAAAACAACAACGUUUUAAGUGAUUAUUCCUACCCUUCGAGCGGGCCACGUCCCAUGAAAUUCCGCAUUUAUCGAUGAAUAGAAUCUAGUGUGUAGACGGAACAUGGUGGACUGUACGGUGCGAUGAGUGAAAUUGUUCGUGUUGUUGUGUGAAACGGCCGUUUUAUAAUGUGUCCCGUUGGAAAUAAAGUUUGUGACUGAAUAUGGAUUGGUAUGCGAACACGAGAGCAUAGAAAAAGUUGCUCGCGUCUUCGAUCGGAUAAUGAGAGCUCGUGAACGAUAAACAUACAGAAUGGUGUCCUACGCUCACUUUGGUAUGCGACAAGCUCCCUGGACCCUGCUAGUCCUCAUUUUCUUCAUCGAAAGCGUCAUGGGGAACUACGCUAAGUCGUUUUACAUCCACUGGAACACAACCAACAGUAUAUUCAGAAUAGACAAUACCGACCAUGUAUUCGAUCUGAAUAAAGGCAACGCUCAGUUCGAGUACGACCAAGUGAAUAUAAUAUGUCCAGUGUACGCUCCGGGGACUUACGAAGAGGACACGGAAAAGUAUAUAAUUUAUAACGUAAGCAAAGAAGAGUACGAUACGUGUAGGAUAACGAAUCCUAACCCGCGCAUUAUAGCGAUAUGCGAUAAGCCGCACAAACUGAUGUUCUUCACGAUUACCUUCAGACCGUUCACGCCUCAGCCCGGCGGGCUGGAAUUCCUGCCCGGGAAAGACUACUAUUUUAUAUCCACGUCCAGUAAGGACGACUUGCAUAGACGCAUCGGGGGGCGUUGUUUGAGUAACAAUAUGAAGCUCGUGUUUCGGGUGUGCUGUAAGCCUGAGGACCAGUCGCCGGCGCCUGCUCCUCAGCCGACACCGCCGCCGCCGCCUCCCCCUCCCACAACUCCAACGACCACAACGAGCACCACCACAGUGAAACCGGUCACGAAAAAGACGCACAAGUAUGAUAAGACCCCGAAUGAGGUUGUGAAGAGUGAGGAACUGUCGUACUCCCGUGGGGCAGCGCUCGCCUCGUCUCUCGCGUUGGCUUUGGCUGCGAGCGCCGUUUUAGCGCCUCUGGCUCGGUGAAUGUGCGCUAAAGCGGCGCGGCCACCGCGUCCCGACCUCUUGGCGAAACCCUGUUCGGCACACACCACACAAACACUACAGUCUCUACAGUCCCUAAACUACCCAGACUCUCUGGUCUUUACGUGAAUCUGUGUGCUAAAACAAUGUGAUGGACGCAAGUCGCAAAACGAAUAACAAAAAAAAAACUCUAGUGCUUAAUACGGUUCUUUGGAAUGUUUGUGGAGUUAUGUGCUAAGUGGAUUACGAUUUUGGAUAUUUUGUAAGUACGUAGUGAGUGCCGAGUGCGGUGGUUUGGUUAUCGAGAUUGGUGCCGAAAAGGAUUACUGACCGGUUUUUUUAGAGUUGUGCAAAAUUCCUAGUUAUUUCCAGAAAGUUCCAAUGACAAAUUUUUUAGUCUGUAAGGGAACUUUGUGAGCCUAAUUUUACUAUUGUAACUAAAGUAUAUAUCUGGCCUACUGAAUAAUCGAACUAUUAUUAUUAUACAAGAAGAUCGGAUAGCAGAAGCGGCGACUGUAGUUACGAAGUCAUUAAAAUAUACAUAUAUAUUAUAAAUAUAAAAAAACGUUAACAUGUAUAAUGGUAAUAUAGGUUUCUUAAACCAUUAGGAAUUAAAUUUUUAUAUUUUCACUAAUGCAAUGAAGGAUAUUUGAUUAAGAAUUAGGAUUCAAAUACUGAAAUAGAAGAAAUCUUAUAUAGAUCGAGUUAGGUAGAUUUUAAUUUAGUUCAAAAGACAUUUUUUUUUGUUUAUUUCCAUAUGACCUAACGCUUAGAAUUUAUUUAUACGAAAAAAACUGUGGCAAGUUGAGAAUCUUGUCCAAAAACACUGUGAUUUUGGUUUUAUUUAGGGUGUAAUUUUUAUCUAUGCUUUCAUUAUGUGAUAUGAAAUUUAUUUGUAUUUAAAAAGUAAUGCAUUUAACCUCAUAAUAUUGUUUUACUCUUGACUGAUUUGAAGCUUCACUAUUUAUUAUUUUAUGCAUUAUAAUAUUUAAAAGAAUCACAGCUUUCAGUGACUUUUGGGUCACAGACAAUUUGUAUUUGAGUAAUUGCUCAAAACUGGCAUAAACACCUCAGAUCUAGCCUUUUACUUAAUUUAUAUUAAGCUAAACAUCUUGAUUAAGUACUAUUAAUCACUUCAAAAUGAUGAAUUUACACUUGAAACCAGAAUAAUAUAUCUACAGCUUGAAUCAUUGACUUAGUUGAGAAAGUCUACUGCCUAAAAUAUCCGCCCAGAACAAAAUUGGCUUCAAAUAUUUAAACAAAUUUAGAUGUAAUUUUACUAUUCCCCGUAAAGUAUUAGACACAUGCCAAUUAUGUUCAAAUUCUCUGAAUCUCAGCCAUGACUUCAGAUCUGGAUAAAACAGACAUCCAUAAAGAUGAGGUAUAAAAUAUGUUUAACAGAUUUCAGUCAUUAAUAUACAGCAGACGUUGAAAAUUCGUUUCGAAACGUCCGAUUAGUGUUUCCAACUAAAAUCUGUUGAUUUAUGCCAUUUCGAUUGCACACAAAAUAAAAAUACUAAAAGUAAUGUCAUCCUUUUCAUAAUGUUCGCUACAGAAAAAGAGGGCACGAAAUUAAGGCUUGUAAAUUUUGUUUGUUUUGUUUUGCGUGCAACCGAAUGAACACUAUUCUCAUUUUCACUAAAACUAAGCCUGUUGAAAUAUAUAAUGUGCAAGGAUUAGGAUUCUUGGCACUUCUGGUUUCAUGUGUAAACAUCCCACCAAGCACGAACGUGCCAUGUGAGAAAUAUGUGAAAUAACAACAGUUCACAUUAUGAAAUAGUCAAAUAGUUAAAUAGUAGUUGAAAUAGACCGGUUUUCAGUUAGACAUACGCAUUUAGUGGCAGUCAAUAUAUUUUUAAAAUAGUGCUUAAGAAAACAUUCGGGUUUAACACUGCAUUGCACAAAUUCAUAUAUCCCAAGAAAAUCUUAAACUCAAUUGAAUAAUGCGAAUAUUUAAAGUCCCUUGGACUUGAUAGUAAUUUUGUUGAAUUCAGGCGUCUUUAUUGAAAUAUGAACACGUAAAAAGUAAAAAAAACAUAAUAGGAUUCAUAAUUAGAUACUUAUUGAAUGAUGAUAAGUAGAUAUUAAGAGGUCGUAUGUAUAAUAAUUAAACAGUCCAUAAUAAAUCAAUCGACUGAGUGGAUGGAACGAUAAUACUUUAUCCUAAUUAUCAGCAAUAAAGUAAUAUAACGUUAGAGGAUAAUCAAAAUAGAAAGCGUAACUAAUUAGCGAAAAAUAUUUACCAUAUAGCAAACAGACAUCAGAGUAAAAUGUUGGAUUCAUUUGUAAAAUACCGGUAAUGACCUAACCUUGCAGACAAAAGACAUAAGCCGAGAAACAUUAUGGAAAUGAAUUCCACUUUUAAAAAUAGAUACUUAAUGAGUCGUUUACCCCAGAACGAGAAACGGAUGAAAGAAAUGGACGUUGCUACAAUUGAAGAGUUUUAACGUUUACACGCUCCACGUAUCGUAAAUUUACCGAAAUGAGAUAAUUACAUAAAGAAUUAAAGAACACACGUUUGGAAAAUGAAAAAGACAGAUCGUAAACAUACGAAAACGUGUCAGCUGUAAAUGACUGGAUGGCUAAUGCAUUGUUUUCUAAACAACGGAUUUAAAAAUACAACAUUUUAUCUCUGGUACCUAUUAAAGUUCGGUGUUAGUUCACUGCCAUAUGCUGAGUGCAUCUAUUUUUAUUAAAACUAAACAGUUUGGAUAUGCCUAAGCGUUUCGUGGUACAGUCUGUGUUUAAUGCUGUCUUUUGGUUAUUUUAAGAUUACGACCCUGAAGGGAUUGUGAAGGGAUAAUCAGCCUAACCUGUUUGUAAUAACUUUGGAACGUGUUUCCUUGCCCCGCCAGGCGGAGAUUAAAAUAAUAUACAACGUGCGUGAAAUGUAACGAUUAGUUUAUAACAUGUUUAAUGUUGGAAAUGCAGACAGAAUGUGAAAAGGGAUGAUUACUCUCAAACGUAAUGGUAUGGAUGGUUGGAUCAAAAGUCAUGACUGGAUAGUAAAAAAACCUGACUUCUAGUUUGAUCCUUUACUGUUUUUCUUCAUCUUUGAUGUUACGCUCUUGUCAGAACAGUCGUGGGCAUCAUUGCAGUGCUAUGAUAUGCCUAACAAUGCGCCUCCAUUCCUCUCUGAUGGCUAGAAUGCACUGCACUCUUGUAAGGUUACAUCCAUCGCAACUGGUCUAUCCAUCUACCUCGUGCACUUUACUCAUCCUUGGACUGCUGGAAGUUCAAUGGAAACAUCUUUGUGUGACUAAAGAAAGUGGGAAUGCAAGCAUAGACGCUGCUUGAUGCCAAUUCUUCGAAAAUGCACUUGUUGGUCUUUAAUGUUAUAAGAUCUUAAUGUGUGUUAUGUGAAGUACAUAACUCAAAAACUACUAAAAUGAUUGAAAGAAAGAGUUCAUUAGUGAAGUCUUAACUAGAACGAGACAUAAAAUUUUACUCAAAUUCUUGCAAAGUGGAAGGCAAAGGAUUAUCUAAGAAGUAAUAUCAUAACUUUUCAUUUGUAUUACACUGUUUUAUUCUCAUGAAUUGAAUAACUAAACAGUUAGGACAUAAAAUAAAAGAGGGCAAUAAAUUUCUGCCACUAAUAAAGACGUGAGAAAUGACUCGAAUCUGAUUUAUACAAAAAAUUCUUAACCGAGACAAUACAAAAAAAAAAUCAGGAGAGAUAAUUCAAAGUUAUUACAUCACCGAGAAAUCCCGUAGCAGUAAACACAUGCGACAUCAAAGAAUGUUUCGGAAUUAAUUGAUGACAUCACAUUAGUUAAAACCACAGUCUGUGAGUACGUACGUAUUAUUUUUAAUCACGUCUUGGCAUAAGUAUUUGUAAACCAUUCCAAUAUUUCCUAGAAGGAUGAGUUGAGAGACUAAAACGAUUUUAUAAAAAAAAACGUGAACACUAGACAGUAUGCAAAGAUUUGUUGACUAAAGACCUUCUGAGAAAUUAAACAAAAGCUACAAAAAUUGUGUAACACUUUCGUUUUUAUGGUUAAGAUUACAUACAGCUUCUGUCAUAAAGUAAAAGUUAGUGCAGAAUAAAUCCUUGAAUGGGAAUUAAGAUCUAUAAGUCGACAAAAAUCUAGAGAUUUAAACAAUAGUUACGGAAGUUCAGAAGUCAAACUUUAACUUCUAUUAAAAUUACAAUAAAGGAAUAAUUUGGAUAAUAUGCUGAAAAACUACAAUGAUACUUUUCAUUUGAUACCAAACCUGAUGCCAGGAUAUUAGAUUUGACGUGCGGUCAGAAAGGUGGAGCGCUAAGAUGACGCCUCAUUUAUCAAAAUCUACUGAGUGGUUUGGGAGUUCAGAAGAUACAGAUUUAAGUAAAACUGUUGAAACUGUUAUAGUUGGUUAAACAAGUCUUAUCAUAAUUU